ACUAAGGGCGGGCUACUCUUGCUGUUUCCUGUUCCAACCAUGCGACCUCUAGGCUAGCUCAAGAUCUAGUUUACAGAAGUCUAAGUCUCAUAAUUCAACACACAUAACAUGGAGAUGUGCACGACUCAAAUGGCAUUCCUCACAAGAGUAAUGUCGUCAUUCCUGGUCCGACAAACCGUUGCAAGGAACAAGAUCAAAGAACGUUGUCUUCAAUCGUUUUCAACAACAUCAAACAAACUACAGGAGUUGACAGAGCAGCCUGAAAGCAGUACCAAGGCUCAGUCCCCCCAGCCCCCAACCAUGCACCCGCCCCUGCCGGUCAUGACAUCCCGCAAGGUGGACUACCUCCACCCCCGCAUGAGAUCCCGCCAGGCCUGGCUGGAGACCCUGGACACUAUAGAGGAUGAGAAGCUGGGGGUCAUUGAUCUUCAUCCUGAAAUAUUUGCUACCAAUCCAAGGUUAGACAUGCUUCACAAGAAUAUACAAUGGCAGACAACAUAUAAGAGGAUUUCACAUGCCAAGACCAAGUCCCGGGCGGAGGUGCAGGGGGGCGGGAAGCGGCCAUGGCCACAGAAGGGCCUGGGGAGAGCUCGACACAGCAGCAUCAGAUCACCUCUGUGGGUCGGAGGUGGACGAGCCAUGGGACCCAGGGGCCCUAAGAGUUAUUUCUACAUGUUACCCACAGCUGUGAGGGUGCAGGGUCUGAGGGUGGCGCUGUCUGUCAAGUAUGCACAGAAUGACUUACAUAUAGUUGAUUCUCUAGACAUACCCACUGAUGAUCCACAAUACAUGGAGGACCUGGUUGACAGUCGGUACUGGGGAUACUCCGCUCUCUUUGUAGAUGACACGGACUACAUGCCCCGGAAUAUAGCGCUGGCCCUGAGCAACACUCCCCACUUCAACCUGCUGCCUGUGUAUGGGCUGAACGUGUACAGUAUGCUGAAGCACGAGACGCUGGUCCUGACGGUGGCCGCUGUGGAGAGGCUGGAGGAGAAGCUGCUGCAUCAGAUGUACAAGACAGAGAUGGACACCAAGUUCCAGAGUCACAGAGGCAUCAAGCCGUACAAGCUGCCCCUCAGCAAGAGGUGAACCUGGAGACUGUGUGUAGGAGGAGAACGUGAAGACGACACUUUAUCAGUCGGAGAUGGUCAGCCACAAUCAAGUAUAUAAUAUCUCCAUUCUAUUAUGAUGAAUAUCCUGGACCCAUUUACUGGCAUAACGAGGAAAUGACAUCCCAACAUCGACUAACGGGAUCGGGGGAUCAGGCUCGCAGACUUGGUUGAUGAUUGUCAUCGUAUCCCAAUUGGGUUGAUCGAAGCUUAUGAUGUCCGUCACUGAUGUCCGUCCAGACUCGAUUAGUUACAGACCGCCGCCAUAUAGCUGCAAUUUUGCUGAGUGUGGCAUUAAACAACAGACAAACAAAACAUCCCCAUAUUAAUCUUCCUCGGCACAGAAUAUCUCUCUCAUGGGGGUAAUGUGAUUGGACAUCUAUAUUUAGUGUCCUGUAAUUUGAAUUUGGCUCCAAACAAAGCUAUUGUGGCAGAUGUGUCCAGGGUAUUUCUCAUAAUGGAAUGGAGAUGUAAUACUCGGAAUAAUCCAAGAUGGGAGAUGCCAGCCAGGAAUGGGUGUAGCCAAGGAUGAGUGUAAGGCAUAGAUCAACAACAUGGACGGCAUAGAUCAACAACAUGGACGGCAUAGAUCAACAACAUGGACGGCAUAGAUCAACCACAGGGACAGAUCAGCUCUACAGCAAAGAUGAUAGAGAUAUGUUUGUUGUGUUAGUGAUACAGCCUUUGUGUGAGGUAUGGAAUGUCACCUCUGUGAAAUUCGACUUGAUAAUUUACCUCAACGUACACAGUACAUGUACAGAAUGAGCAGGAACUCUAAGGUUUUGUUUCCUGUUGAUGUGAUCAGCUUCUUGAAGUCAGUGAUGGUAUGAGUAAGGAACUGGGCUGUGUUUUUCAGUGAUUGUAGUAGUUACGACCGCCAUAUCGUCACUACUUUUAACAUAGGCUUUUGAUAGUUCUAGCGCUCUGAGUGCUUUGUGAAACACAGUCCUGGAAUACACAUCCGAAUCACUGAGACAGUGUUUGCAUAGUUUCUUUAUCUUCAGACGUGGGUCUGUUCAAUGUGAGCUGUGUACAGGAAUGUCAUCAUGUCGAGGUAGGGUACUGCAGUGCCAUUCAUGUUUAGUGCUAUCAACUGAUCUUGGUGUCAAGGACAAAUACAUCACCUGAUGUGAUCUGUCAAAGGUCAUCUGUUGGAGAUGUUAUCUAUUAGGUCUUUGACUUUGAAAGGCAUUUAUAAGUGAUACACAUAAGGAAGAGAAUUAAUGGAUGUCAACUUCUUUAUUAUGAGGAACACAACAUUUCAGUGUA